AUGCCAGGAAGAAUCAUCGAGAGAUACGAGCAGGUUCCCGUGACCAAGGAAGAUUUGGACUGGGCUGAACUGGUGACCAUUGACCUAAGCAAGUUCGAUACGCCUGGCGGCAAGGAGGAGCUUGUUAAGGAGCUUGAGUAUGCUAUCACCAAAGUCGGCUUCUUCUACGUGAAGAACUUCAACAUCAGUCAAGAAGAGGUAGACAGGCAAUUUGCUCUUGGCAGAGAGUUCUACAAUCUUCCACUGGAGGAGAAGUUGAAGUUUCACAACAGUGAUGACCUCGUCCGAGGCGAAUACAAUGGGUACCGCCCUGCCGGUCACAGAAUCCUUGGCAAUGGAAUUAAGGACAAUGUCCAAGUCUACAAUAUUCCAAAGUUUGACGGAUUUCACAAGCGGCAACAGCCCCCGGUUCUCGAGGACAACAUUAAAGAGAUCGAGGCAUUUUCCCGGAAAUGUCACGAGGAGGUCGUCGUGAAGCUGCUGAGACUCUUCGCACUCUUCCUCGAGUUACCCGAUGAGUACCAGCUAGUCCGAGAGCAUCAGUACGAUGUUAAGGGGGAAGACCACCUGCGGUACAUGCACUAUGCUGCCCGCUCGCAGGAGGAUAAUAAGAAAGUCGGUGAGCUCUACUCGCCAGGGCACACCGACCUCGGCAGCAUCACGCUGCUUUUCCGCCAGCCCGUUUGCGGCCUCCAGAUCCUCAACAACGAGGGCCAGUGGAAGUGGGUGAAGCCGGUGGACGGAACCAUUACUAUCAACACAUGCGACGCGCUGACGGCGCUGACGGGCGGGCUGAUCAAGUCGUCCAUCCACCGCGUGCAUGCGCCGCCACAGGACCAGGCCCAGAUUGACCGCCUCGGUGUCCUGUACUUUGCCCGACCCAACAACCACAUCGUCCUGGACCCUCUGCAGGACAGUCCCCUGCUGGCCCGCCUCGGCAAGACCUCUAAUGUGUUUACUGAGCUGGGCAAGCACCUCACCACCGAGGAGUGGGUCAAGAUCCGCCAGACGCAGCAGCAGCGCAAGACGCCUGGGGCUAAGAUCACUGAGGAUGGCAAGUAUGUGCACAAGCCUGAGGACCUGCAGAUUCUGCCGGGACUUCACGCUACAGUUCAUAACUAG